AUGGCCACGGCCAGGAAACGGAAAAUCAUCACCCUUGAGGACAAGGCGAAGAUCCUGGAAGCGGUCGGCAAUGAAGAAAAGAAAAAGGACGUCGCGGAACGCUACGGCAUACCUCAGAGUUCGCUCUCCACCAUUUUGAAAGCGAAGGACUCCAUCCUAGAUGGACUGAAGAAGGGGACAAGUUCCCAAUGCAAGAGACUGAAAGGAGCCAUGUACGACGACGUUGACAAGGCUGUGUACUCCUGGUUUAUGGAAACUAGGGCGCAAAACGUUCCAAUCACCGGUGCUGUGCUGCAACAGAAAGCCAAGGACUUCGCCUGCUUACUGGAAAACGACGCGUUUCGAGCAAGCAGUGGGUGGCUUCACCGUUUCAAGGUUCGGCACGCCAUUGUUGGAAAGGUGGUCAGCGGUGAAUCAGCAUCCGCUGAUGUGCCUGAAGCGGCGGUUUGGCUUGAAGAAGUGCUGCCACGAAUCUUGACGCGGUACCAGCCAAGGGACGUUUACAAUGCUGACGAAUCGGCCCUUUUCUAUCAGAUGCUCCCAAACAGGACGCUUUUCCUGAAAGGAGACCGUUGCCACGGGGCUAAGCAGAGCAAACUCCGGAUAACAGUGCUGUUUUGA